CAUAAUAAAAAAAACUGAGUAAUAUAAUGGAGAUUAUGUUAGAGGGAGAAAACAAAUAUGAUAUGUAAUGGUUUCCCGCUUUAAAUCCGAUAAUUUACUUGAAUUUGGUUUAGUUUAACUCUGUCAAUUUGGGUUAGGGCGACCGUUUGGUGCAAACAACAGACAUUCUACGAGGUGGACCCUACUUUUGUUCUUACAUUGUCGUUUUUCAAAUCCUCUCUUUAUUUCUUUUUUUUUUUUUUUUUUUUCUCUUUAUUUCUUUUUAUCUGUCACAUAGAUACUCCUCAACUUCUAAAAAACUCUACAGAUUCUCUCUCUCUUUUCUACGAGAAGAUCACACACUUUUAUAACAGUCAUGAGGAACUAUAAGUUCAAACUUUCAGCUAUGAUCCCAAGUAAAUGGCUCCACAAGCUCAAGAACAUGACCAAACCCAGAAAAAAACAUCCUCUUCCUUCUUCUUGUUCCUUAAACACUACCAAGAAAACAAAAGCUUCCUCUGAGUCUAAUAAGUCUCUUCCUCACUCUUCAAGAACUUACUUCUCCAGUAGAUCACACACUUCCUUAGAAUCUAAGAUCCUUCAUAAUUCACCAAGAAACUCUCUUCACGUGAUAGAGAGCAAAAGAAAGACUAUUUACAAGCCUUCUCCUCCUCCCUCUUCUUCUGUAUCUGCAGGCUUUAACAAGAAGAAGAUCAACUUUCCUCCGAACCAAGAUUCUUCUUCCUCUGCUUCUUCCAACGUCAUCGACAUGAAUAGCAGAGAUUUCAAGAAGAGAAUGUUCAAAGAGAUGAAGGUGUUUGACUCAGCAGAGAAAGCUUGUCCAGCAAGUAACCGAACCAAGACAUCGCGUAAACCUCAUCAUCUUUCAGUUAAGGUCAACAAUAAAGAGAAAGAAGAAGCGUGUAGGAUCAAAAAGAAUGUUUCUAACGGAAGAAGAUCAUCAUCAAACUCUCCAAGGAUAAAAAUCAAAGUGAAUUCUCCUAGGGUUCAAGUCCCAGCGCGUAGAAGCAAAUCAAGAUCGCAGAACAAACAAGUUCUUGAAAGUUUCGCAGUGAUCAAGAGCUCUCUUGAUCCGAAGAAAGAUUUCAGAGAAUCAAUGGUGGAGAUGAUAGAAGAGAACAACAUCAGAGCUUCACAAGACUUGAGGGAACUGCUAGCAUGUUACCUUUCAUUGAAUCCAAAGGAGUAUCAUGAUCUUAUCCUAAAGGUUUUCGUUCAAGUAUGGCUUGAAGUCAUAAACUCUAAAGUUGCGUCAAAGUAAAAAACAUGUUAUUGUUUUAGCUAUAAUUAUCUGUUAAAAAACAGUUGUUCUUAUUAAAGAGUGUUAUAUAAAGAGUGUUUAAACUAACUUGUGUGGACAUUAUCUUUGCAAGACCAGUUUUGUGUUUUGUCUGUUUAACGUAAUAAAGAUAGAUCGAUCACUCGUUUUAUUGUC